GACAGUCGGGGAGCUGCGGCGGCCGCGCAGUCUGCUUGUCCUCCGCCAACUCCUCGCCGAGCGCGAGCGCCUGAGGCCAGCUCGGGGCAUAAGAUGAAUCCGUCCUCGGCGCCCCCUCCGCUCCCGCCGCCCGGGCAGCAGGUGAUCCACGUCACUCAGGACCUCGACACGGACCUCGAAGCCCUCUUCAACUCUGUCAUGAACCCUAAGCCCAGCUCGUGGCGGAAGAAGAUCCUGCCGGAGUCCUUCUUCAAGGAGCCGGAUUCAGGCUCGCACUCGCGCCAGUCCAGUACCGACUCGUCGGGCGGCCACCCGGGGCCCAGGCUGGCUGGCGGCCCCCAGCACGUCCGCUCGCACUCGUCGCCCGCAUCCCUGCAGCUGGGCACCGGCACCGGCGCGGGCGCGGCGGGCAGCCCCGCACAGCAGCACGCCCACCUUCGCCAGCAGUCCUAUGACGUGACCGACGAGCUGCCGCUGCCCCCGGGCUGGGAGAUGACCUUCACGGCCACUGGCCAGAGGUACUUCCUCAAUCACAUAGAAAAAAUCACCACAUGGCAAGACCCUAGGAAGGUGAUGAAUCAGCCCCUGAAUCAUCUGAGCCUCCACCCUGCCAUCACUUCCACACCAGUGCCUCAGAGGGCCAUGGCCGUGUCCCAGCCAAAUCUGGUGCUCAAUCACCAACACCAGCAGCAGAUGGCACCCAGCACCCUGAGCCCCCAGAACCACCCUGCUCAGAACCCAACAUCGGGGCUCAUGAGUCUGCCCAAUGCGCUCACCACUCAGCAGCAGCAGCAGCAGAAACUUCGGCUCCAGAGGAUCCAGAUGGAGAGAGAGAGAAUCAGAAUGCGCCAAGAGGAGCUCAUGCGGCAGGAAGCUGCCCUCUGCAGACAGCUCCCCAUGGAAGCAGAGUCCAUGGCCACCGUUCAGGCUGCUGUCAACCCGCCCGCCAUGACCCCAGACAUGAGAUCCAUUACCAAUAAUAGCUCAGAUCCUUUCCUCAAUGGAGGGCCCUACCAUUCGAGGGAACAGAGCACGGACAGUGGCCUGGGCUUGGGGUGCUACAGUGUCCCCACAACUCCGGAGGACUUCCUCAGCAAUGUGGAUGAGAUGGAUACAGGAGAAAAUGUAGGUCAGACACCUAUGAACAUCAACCACCAGCAGACCCGCUUCCCUGAUUUCCUUGACUGUCUUCCCGGAACGAACGUUGACCUAGGAACUUUGGAAUCUGAAGAUCUGAUCCCCCUCUUCAAUGAUGUAGAGUCUGCUCUGAACAAAAGUGAGCCCUUUCAGACCUGGCUGUAGUCACUGCUAUUGUAAGUGGGAAGCAGCCAUGACCUGACAUUUCCUGGGCCUCUUGGAAAAAGUGAUGGAGCAGAGAAGGUCUGCAGGUGCACCACUUCCUGCCUCCAUGACUCAUGUGCCCUCUUUCCCAUGUGGCCAGUUUAGUCUUUGCCUGGUUUUGAUUGACAGUAACUUAAGUUACAUAUAAAUAUUCUGUUUUCAUUUUCUGCAGUCCUGCAUUCCCAUGAUAGAUGAUGCAGAAUUGUGUCUACAGAAUUACUUUUUCCUCUCUGCUGCCCCAUGGCUAAGCUUUAUUGGUGUUAGUUGACAUUUAUACAUCAGUUUAUUGUAAACCAUAAAAAGCUGACCACAGGUAGCAAAUUUGGAUGGGCAGCUUGGUCCAGGAAAUGUGCACAAAAUUAGACCUGUUUUACAUUUUCAAAACUGUAUUGAUGACAGUAGUACCAAAUGCUUUAAAACCUAUUUAACUUGAGCUUUAAAAAUCAUUGUAUGGAUAGUAAAAUUCUGCUGUAUGGAAUACAAUGUAGUUUUGAAUCCAUGUUAGCUCUGAUGGCUCUUAUUACUCUGUAUUUACAAAGGCACAGACAGUUCUAUUUUAGUUUAUUUUUCAUUGUUUUACUGCAUAGCAUCUAGACAACUUAGUCCUUCCAGCAGGAGAGUAGCAGCAGCAUUAGAAUUCUUACCUAGAGAUCUUGUGAAAGAGACCAGUUUGUACUAAUGAUUAGCAUUUGUUAAACAAAACUUUUUAAUUGCAACAUGGAUUUGUUAACAGUGCAACUUAGAGUUUGAUGUUUAUUUAGAAAACACUAUAAUUUUUGUAGCUGAUGACAAAGGACAGCCAAAUGUUUUCGAUAAAUCAGUGGCAACUGUAUUUUUGUCUUUUGAAACCAUUCUAAAGACUUUGGAAUUUCAACCUGAUGGCAGAUGCAAUAAGCUGUUGCUUUUCAAAUUCUGAAGCCUUGUCAAUUUUGCUUUCAAGAUUUCAAGUGUUUAAAAUAAGCCUAUCUAUGAAACUGUUUGAAGGAUGAAGCAGAUCUCUGACUGACGUGUAACAAAAAUGCCCUCUGAGAGCAUAUGGUGGAGACAUGUUUCUGAAUGCAGUAAAAUUGAUUCCUAAAUAUAUUAUUCUAACCCUGUUUGCUACAGUUGGUAUAAAAAGGCAUGAGCUAUGUAUUUAAUACCUCUUAUGUAACCCAAAACUUUAGUAGCUUUUAAGGACUGAGAGAGCAUCACGUUCACCUGGCAUGCAGUCUACCUGCAUUGCCAAUGAAGUCCUCAAGGGUUUAAUAUUUUGAAUGACAUUAUUUAUAAUCUAUGAGUUUAACCAUUUUUAAAAAGAAAAACAUUAAUAAUCCAGGUCUCUGAGAGGAACCUUUCAAUUCCCAAGGGUGGGGGGGAUUUGUUGAUGAUCUUAAAGAAGAUCCUUUUUGAUCUAUCAGAAUAUAAAUGUACAGACUACAUUUGAUCUUGUUGGAAAGAAAGCAAGUGAAAAGGUCAGAGGUGAAGUUAUGAAAUAUAAUGGAAGGGAUACUAGUUGUGAAAUGAAAAUAGACAAGGAAUAAUACCCCAAUAGCAAGACAAGCAGAUGUGAGAGGUGCCCCCAAAAGAAUAAAGCAACAAUUUUCUACUACAACCUUCAUACCAAAUGACUCUGUUGUAGAAGAAAAGAGGGCUUUGGUGCACUUUAUGUGGGAGAAGAGGGAAGGGCCAGUGCUGUGGUAGCCUGUCCAUACUGAUGCUGAACAAUAAGCAGACAGGAGCAGGAGCUGCUGUUGCUUCCAGCACUCUCAAGUGUCUUCUCUCUCCUGAAGGACCCACGGUUUAUGUUCCACUAAUUCUUUUUGCUCCUCGAGCACUCUGAGAGGGUGAAGGUAGAUGUUUAUAUUGCUACUAAAUUGAAAGGGAGCAUCCUUUCUUUUUCUUUUUUGUAAGCAAAAAUUGCAAAAAGUUGUACAUUCUAAGAAAAAAAAAAUAAGGGACCUAACAAAACUCAGCAGUGUUACUGUAUUUUUAAAAAAUAUUUUUAUAGAUGCAUUUUCAAGUUAUUAAAUGUAAGAGAAAGAGAUAGCCCUCUUUUUUUUUUAAGUAGUUAAAUCAUUGAUUUAUAUCACCAACUUUUAGAAGUAAUUUUCUAGUAAGCUCAUGGCAUUAGAAAAUUCUAGAGUAAUUUUUUUAGUGAAAUUAGUUGGAACAUUUAUUAAUGAAUCUAAUAAAUAUGAAUAAAAUAUGGACCCUAUUUGUUUACUCAUAGAUAAAGGCAGAUAAUUUUUUUGUUUUUAAGGCCAUAAAAUAUGGCUUUUGUCAUUCAAGACUGAAAUCUAAAGUAAGAGAUUUUUUUUUUUUUUUUUGGUACCGGGGAUCAAACUCGGGUCUUUGCGCUUGCGCAGCAGGUGGCGAAACCACUGAGCUAAAUCCCCGGCCUAGUAAGAGCUUUUUUUAUUUUGUUUUUCUCAGUGCUAGCGGUUGAACAAUCUAGGGCGCAUGCUAGGCAAGCAUUCUUCCACGGAGCUACACCCCCAGCCCUCAAGCAACUUUUAAAUGACUGUUUUCUAUUAUUGUAAGUGUUAAACCCCUCAGAAUUCAUGAUAAGGUGCUAUUUAUACUAUAUAUCUUAUUAUAAGACAACUGCAGGAUACCUAGUCUUUGUAGUCCAAAAUCAAUCAAUCAGUUUUACCAUCUCACCCCAAAAUUUCACUAUGCGAAAGGCAUAUUUUAAAAAGUGAAGUUGAAAAGGAAUUUCAGAGAUCUUUUAUUCAAGAUGUUUUUUUUCUGAUGAAAUACAUUUUCUUUUAGCGAAAGAAAGGUCCGAACCUUUUGGUAAUUCUGUUACAUAUAAGUAACAGCCUGUGUUUCACUGUAGUAUUUAGGAUGUGGAAUGCCAUUUGUUUGGCCGGUGACACAGUAUGUGGUAAGGGUGAAGACUGUAAACACCUUGGUGUGCCAAGGCACUGGGGCCCCGGGAGAAGAGAUGUGUGAGACGUAGGUGGGCGGGACUGGGAGCGUGUGCUCAUGACUGGUCCAUUCUCAUCACGCAAUUAGAAAGUAACUUAGGAAAGUACAUCUUGUAUUAAAAAAAAAAAAGCUGUUUUAAAAAAAGGAACUUGUAGAUCCAUUUGAGCGGGAAAAUGGGUGAUUGACAGAGACCGUUUCCCUAACACUACAUCAUUUCUGUGCUAGUACUUUUAACUUUUUAAAGAAUUUACGUCUACAUUUUGUAAUAUGACAUAUGUGUGUUUAUUUUUAAUUUCAAAUGAUGUGCAUACAGAAAGUAUGCAACCAGAUCAAUCAGAUCAAACCAUUUUACUUAGAGUUUGGUACUGGUUUUUACUUCUCUGAUUCUGUAUAAGAAAAAUAAAUAUAAUUGAAUUUC